UGUCCAAAUACAAGCAUUCUAGGGCUUGUAAAGAGUAUUCAUCUGUCCAGUAACCGAUUAACAGGAGAGAUUCCUUGUGAAAUCACUGAUCUUGUGGGGUUGGUUUCUUUAAACCUAUCAAGAAACAACUUAACAGGUCAAAUAACUCCAAAUAUCGGGAAGUUGCAGUCUUUAGAUUUGCUUGAUUUGUCAAACAACCAAAUACAUGGUACAAUUCCAACAAGUCUCUUUGGAAUAUCUGGCCUUGGUAUGUUGGACUUGUCCAACAACAACCUGUCUGGAAAAAUUCCCAUAGGAUCUCAGCUUCAAAUUUAUGAGCCCUCUGUUUUUGCCGGAAAUCCUCUCCUUUGUGGAAUUCCACUUCAGACAUGCUCUUCUGAGGAAACAACUCCAGAGGAGCAGCCGGUGGUUGGGAAUCAGGAUGAAGAUAAUGAUGGGUUUAUAACUCCGGGAUUUUACGUGAGUUUGGGGCUUGGAUUUGUUGUUGGAUUCUGGGGAGUUUGUGGGAGUUCGAUAUUCAAUAGGUUAUGGAGAUACACAUACUUCAAGCUCUUGAAUGGUUUAAAUGAUUGGCUUUAUGUCGGGGUGACAUUGUUCGGGCAACAAAGAAUGCUCGAUGAAUAAACUGUAAGUUUUCUGUGACAUAAUGAAUAAUAUUGCAAUUAACAUACAUGUCUUCUUCUCUUUUAAACUCCCGGCUAACAGCUAACGCCUGUGGUUUACCUGAAUUUUUGUAGCUCGUUCAUCGUCUUGUUUGCUACUUCAUGCUAACCCUUUCGGCUUUCGGUUUGAGGAGGAGCCUGAAGGAGAAGAAGAAUGCAAUAACUUUUAGGGUAAAAGACUGUUUACUACCCUCAUGUUUCGUGGUUUUCAACAUUUAGUACAUCAUGUUUUUUUCGUCUCAGAGUCAUACCUAAAGUGUAAAU